UCUGGAAGGGGCGGGGUGGUUGGGGCCGGUGGUAAAAAUUGCGGGCCCCGGAAUUCCAGCGGUUUGUGCCUGAGCCCUGGAAUGCACGGUCACGGAAAAGGAAAAGGUGUCGUGUGCGUGGAGUGCGGGGCUGGCGGAGGGUGAGGUGAAUGUGCCGUUGUGAAACGGAAGGCCGGCCAUUGCUUCCUCUCGCCCCACACGAGACCCUCCCGCGGGCCCCCGCGGCCGCCUGUGGACUGUCCGGAGAGAACAUGGCGGCCCCCAGAGCCCGGGGCUGCAGCCUCGCGGGCCUGCUGCCGGCGCAGACCUCGCUGGAGUACGCCCUGCUCGACGCCGUCACGCAGGAGGAGAAGGACAGCCUGGUCUACCAGUAUCUGCAGAAGGUGGACGGCUGGGAGCAGGACUUGGCAGUGCCCGAGUUUCCGGAAGGAUUAGAAUGGCUGAACACAGAAGAGCCUCUUUCUGUCUACAAGGAUCUGUGUGGAAAAGUAGUCAUCCUUGAUUUCUUCACCUACUGCUGCAUAAACUGUAUUCACCUAUUGCCUGAUCUUCAUACAUUAGAACACACAUACUCUGAUGAAGAUGGUCUUCUGAUUGUUGGUGUUCACUCAGCUAAAUUUCCAAAUGAAAAAGUCCUGGAUAACAUUAAGAGCGCUGUUCUUCGAUACAACAUCACUCACCCUGUGGUUAAUGAUGCAGAUGCCAGUCUUUGGCAAGAACUAGAAGUUUCCUGCUGGCCAACUCUGGUCAUACUUGGACCCCGUGGAAAUAUGUUGUUUUCUUUGAUCGGAGAGGGACACAAAGAUAAAUUAUUUUUAUAUACUUCCAUAGCUUUAAAGUAUUAUAAAGACAGGGGACAGAUCAGAGAUAAUAAAAUUGAAAUAAAACUCUAUAAAGAUUCAUUGCCACCUUCACCAUUGCUGUUUCCUGGCAAAGUAACAGUGGACCAUGUUUCUAAUAGAUUGGUAAUAGCAGACACUGGACAUCAUAGAAUUUUGGUCGUCUGGAAGAAUGGACAAAUUCAAUACAUCAUUGGAGGACCCAACCCUGGAAGAAAAGAUGGAAUAUUUUCAGAGUCAACUUUUAAUUCACCACAGGGUGUAGCUAUAAGGAAUAAUAUCAUAUACGUAGCAGAUACUGAAAACCACCUUAUAAGAAAGAUUGAUCUAGAAGCUGAGAUGGUGAGCACUGUAGCCGGCAUUGGAAUUCAAGGUACAGAUAAAGAAGGUGGAGCUCCAGGAGAAGAACAACCCAUUAGUUCCCCUUGGGAUGUAGUUUUUGGAAUGUCAGGUUCAGAGGUCGGAGGAGAUGACAUUCUAUGGAUAGCCAUGGCAGGGACUCAUCAGAUAUGGGCACUGCUCCUGGACUGUGGCAGACUACCAAAGAAAAAUGAGCUGAAAAAAGGAACCUGCCUUCGGUUUGCUGGAAGCGGAAAUGAAGAGAACCGAAAUAACGCAUAUCCUCACAAGGCAGGCUUUGCCCAGCCUUCAGGUCUUUCUCUGGCUCCCGAAGAUCCCUGGAGCUGCCUGUUUGUCGCAGACAGUGAGAGCAGUACAGUGAGAACUGUGUCACUGAAAGACGGAGCAGUGAAACACCUCGUAGGAGGAGAAAGAGAUCCCAUGAAUUUAUUUGCUUUUGGUGAUGUUGAUGGAGUAGGAGUCAAUGCCAGGCUUCAGCACCCACUUGGAGUAACUUGGGACAAGAAAAGGAAUUUACUUUACGUGGCAGACUCUUAUAAUCACAAGAUUAAAGCUGUGGAUCCGAAAACAAAAAACUGCACAACAUUAGCGGGAACUGGAGAUGCAAGUAAUGUUAUCACUUCCAGCUUUACCGAGUCAACUUUUAAUGAACCAGGAGGCUUGUGUGUCGGAGAUAAUGGCCAGUUAUUAUAUGUAGCAGACACCAAUAAUCAUCAAAUUAAAGUGAUGGAUUUAGAAACAAAAACGAUUUCUGUGCUCCCAGUCUCCAGACCAGACAACGCUGUGGUAGAUGGCCCAUUCCUAGUAGAGAAACAGAAGACAUUACCCAAACUACCUAAAUCUGCUCCAAACAUUAGACUUUCCCCAGUGGCUGCCUCUCCAGGCCAGACUCUCCAGUUCAAGCUAAGGUUAGACCUCCCAUCAGGAACAAAGCUGACUGAAGGAGUACCCAGUUGUUGGUUUCUAACAGCUGAAGGCAACGAAUGGCUUCUUCAAGGACAGAUACCCUCUGGAGAAAUAGAGAGCAUUUCCAGUCAACCAGCAAUCUCACUGCAGAUUCCUGGAGAUUGCUUAUCACUUGAAGCUGUUAUAUCUAUCAGCGUGUUUCUUUAUUACUGUAGUGCAGACAGCAGUGCCUGUAUGAUGAAGGGAAUUUUGUUCAGUCAGCCUUUACAGAUAACCAGUACACACCAAGAGUGCACAGCUCCUGUAGAGCUCAAGUAUGUAUUUUAGCAAAAGCCAGUUAGCUACUCAGUCACCACAGCCGCUGUCCACCAUCCUCCUCGUCACUAUAACUUAGGAAAAGCCGCUUUAUUUCUGCCUCUGGAUACCAAGAAACCUACUGCUCAGUUCUAGUAACUGAUAUUAAAAUAAGUAAAUAUGGAGUGUGGCUUUAUCUAUUAUAAACAGAUAACUUCAUUCUGGCUGUGUACCAGCUAAAUCACUGACCAUCAUUUGAACCAUGAUUUUGUAAUCUCUGUUGCUAUUUGGCACAAAACUUAAAUCCACAUUGUAGUCUAGAAUACUAUCAUGAAGAUAAUUUGCAAUGAAUGCUGAUAUAAUGAAACCAAAUAUUUCAACUAACUUUUUCUACUUUUACUAGUAGCAAGGAGCAUAUUUGAAUAUAUAAAUUUCACAGUAACUUUAAACAGAACCUAAGAUCUGGCCCAUACGUUGGUAUAAGGACACCUGCCAUUUAAGGCCUAAGGUCUGUUUUAAGCCAAAAACAAAACAAAAAACAAAAAAAAGGUCUUUACAUCACAGUAGAAACUUAAAGAGUAUCUGGGUGGUAAAUAUGUUAUUUGUUCUGUGAUUCAGUUAAGAGUGAUUUAAAAGAGAAUUUCUAUUUUUAUUAUAAAUUAUUUGCUAUUUUAACAUACCAUUAUUAAUGCCUUAUAACUCUAUACAGAAAAAGUAUGUCAAAGGAUGUACAGACUCACUCCCUUAACUUUUUUCUGAAUGAAUACAAUCUUAAAGAUAAUGGAUGAGUCCUCAGAGAUUACUGUCUGUGAUACUAUUUAUGAUAAAGAAUAAAUUGUGACAGCUGAAUUUAAAUGGGUAUAUAUGUUGUCUUAGAGAUUUAAAUUUCACUGUAAGCAUUAAAAUUGGGUUUGGGAUUUUUGAUUCCCAUAUUCAGAACUUAAAUUAUGAUCAUUUAUUGUGAUAUUUUUUAAAUCACUUAUAAGCCUUCAAAGAAAAUUUUAGUGUGAAGCACUUUCAUGCUAUUAAUGUGUAUAUAUAUUUAUUACUCUUUAAAAUAUUAGGGCUGAAAUAUACAGGGAUUUAAUGACACUAGGGUUGUUUUUAACCCAAAAAGAAAUUGUCACUAUAAGAUAGUGAAAAUUAUUUUUAUUAUCAUCAUUUCCCUUUGUAUCUAUUUAAAAAGCCUAUUCUUGUUUUUACUAUAAUUGAUUCAAUAUGUUUAUGAUUUAAUCAGCUUACAGGAUUUUGAAAAUGUCAGGUAAACUGUAUUUAUCCAAUAAAUAUUUAUAGUCAAGGUGGCAUAAAUAUGCCUUUCCUCCCUUCAAAGACAUAUUGGAAAUGUGAUCUGUGGAGCACUAUCAUCUGCCAUUUUUCUUUUUGAAAUAUAGUUUUGAACACAUUAGCUUUAUUUACUCAGGUUAACUAAACCUUGGAAGUAAGGAAGUAUAUAGUCCUGACUUUAAUUUGUAACCUGCUAAAGCUAUUUUUAAAGAGAUAUGUAAAUGUAAACUUAAAAGGAAUCUUGUUUAAAAUUAUAUAUAAUUACCUCAUAAGCUUUUUCUUUCCACAAAAAAUAUUCUGUAAUAAAGGGACAUAUAACAUUAAUACUCUUUUAUGGAGAAUAGGCUGAAGUCAUGUUUUAAUCUCAUUUGAAAUAUUAUACUUCUCAUUUCCAGUUGGAUGUGAUGAGAAUAUUUUCACUCCCUGGGAAAGAAGUAUAUGCAGUUCUAACCUAUUUCAGAAAUACCUGAUAAUUAAUUUUUCAAUAUAAAACACAAAGACACAAAUAGUUAUGUAUUUCUUAGAAUCUAUUAAUAUUCCUUUUGUCUAGACAAUUUUAGGUUAGUAUUAAGCUUAUACUUUUCUUUCAAAGUACAGUUUUCUUGAACAUUGUUAUUCUUACCUAGUCACCAGUUUGCACCGUUUCUUAUGUUGAAAAUAUUAUUUAUAUGGAUUUAGUAUGGUUUUUUGUAAAUCCUACUAGAGCUGUAUAAAUAGGUUCCUAGAACUUAUGACUAACAUAAACCUCUUACAUAAGACGAAGCACUAGAAAGUUUAUUUUUAAAAACUUCUUGAUUCUUGCCUGCCUUCUGUUUUCUAUAAGGACUUCCAUAUUUUUUUUAACUUUUUCUUCUCUUGUAUAAAUUAUGUCCAGUGAUAGUUUAGAAAGAGUAAGAUUUUAGUAUAAGUCACCUUAAUCAGAGUGCCAGUAAUAUGGCAUCACAUACACUUUGAUGUAAUACCUAGAAUCUUUGCCCUACAUUAUUGUGCUGGUUUGUCACUAUUUUUUCCACCACUCUUCGAGAUGUCAUUUCACAAUUGGUAGAACUUUUUUUCCCCUGACUUUAUACUCCGGAUUAGUAUGAUCUCUGAAAAGAAUUUUGCUUAUCUUAAAUAUGCUGCCUCAAGCAAAUAUUUAACCUAUUCACAAGGAAAAACUUUAUAGUUUAAUCACCCAUAAGUGUAACUUUGAUAAAGUUCAACGACUACAAAACAAUUUUCUCCUUAACUGUUCUAAUACUAUAAUAGUUCUAGUAUUAUUAGGCCUGCAGAUAGCUAUAAAUCUUAGCCAAAAAAUUCGUAUGUGUAGAUGAGUGUGUAGAUGUAUGUGUAUACAUACACAGAUAACAAAGAUCAAGAAUUUCCAUCUAAGUUUCUUUUUUCAGCAGUAUACUUUUGAGUUAAUAGUAUCAAAUUAACCUAUCCAUUGCUUGUUUUUCGAUGGUUGGAAGAUUUAGGAAAAUAUUGAAAAUAUAUAUCUGUAAUAAUUUUCUGCCUACGCAAGAUUUACUAUUAGUUUAUUAUAUCUGCCAAUUAAAAAGACUUCAGUCUGACCAUUGCAUUUGGCAUGUUCAAGAACAAUCGUAGUUCACAGUUGCAUAGAAAUAUAUAGAGAGGAACUAUGUCAACAGUGGUUCUCCUGAAUGAUGAAAUUAUUAAGAUUUUAAUUCUGUGGUUUUUUUUUUUUUUUCAGUGAACAAUGUGUUAUUUUCAGAAAGAAAAAAACUGGAAGCAUUUUUUUAAAGAUUUAAAAUGAACUGAAUUGUAAGCACUGAUACAACUUUUCUAAAGUCAUCUUUAUUACCAAGGAUCAAAAUGUAGUUUGGAACCAUUUAUUCUAUUGGUUCUUUUAAUUAUGUGAUUUGGUGAAGACAGAAAAGAUCAUUACUUUUUCUUGUGUUUUUCCUGCAUAAUGUAGUAUAGUGGUUAAAAGCAUGUGUUUUCCAGGCUCUAGAAUUCUAACCCUAUAACCCUAAAAAAGCAUGUGUUUUCCAGGCUCUAGAAUUCUAACCCUAGAGGGCCACUCUACCUGUUUUAUGGGAUUGCCAUAAGGAUUCAAUGAAAUAGUGUGUUUGUAAAAGCAUUUAGUAAUUAUUGGAACUGCUAGUUAUUAGCUUAGUUAAUAAUGACAAUAAUUUAUGACCAUUAACACAUACCUUGACAUUUUCUUUGCAACUGCAAUUUCUAAAGGAAAAUAUUUGUCAACCAACUAUUUGAUAUAUUAAUAAUCUCCAUAGACCUGGGAUUCAAGAAACACAGUUUUAUAAUAAAGUAUACUGCUAUUUUAUAAAUGAUCUUAUAGUUAAAAACAUAGUUUUAUAAAAAUUUUCUUAAACAGACCCAGAACUAUAAGUAAUAAACUUCUUUGAGAGGGUCCAGACAUACUUACCCUGUAACACACUCUGAUGGUGCUUUAUAAAAUCUUCAAAGUGCCUUCAUGCAUUUUGCCUCAUUGGAGCUUCAAAGUAACCUAUGAAUCAGACAAGUAGAUAUUACAUCCAUUUUAUAGAUGCAAAAAUGGCUCUAGAAUGUUGGUGAUAUAUCUCAAGUUCUCAGAGUAAUGCCUAAUGCUGGAGUGGGGCCUGGUAGGAGCUAUUGCUUGGCCAAUUUUGUGGGAUGACUAAAAGGUGAAUAGUGACUGAUAUAUCUUAUUUGAAUACAGGUCUCCUAAUUCCUACCUCUAUUCCUAGAUGGAGAGUGAAAACAAACUGCAGAAUUGAGUACUUCUGUGAAUGCUUUCUUCAAUCUCUAGUAUUAAAGUAAUACAAGUAGCUGAAUUUAUUGAGUGCUUAUUUUGUGCUUGGCACUUUUCUAAGUGCUCUGUAUGUAUUAGCUCGUGUAAUCCUUACAACAGCAUUCUGAAAGAGGUACCGUUUUUCCUUAUUUCCCUGAUAAUGAAACUGAAACAAAAAAGUUCUAAGCAGUUAUGCCAGUAGACUCAAGAUCUUGCAUUUAGGAAGUAGCCAAGCCUGGCUGAGUCUGUUCGACUACUGUGCUACACUGCCUCUCAAAAGUAGGGUUUUUUUUAGACCUGAACCUUUCAAAGCUGUAUAUAGUAAAUAGUAAUCAAUCCAAAGAAUCCAAAAAUGAUUGUUUUUGAAAUUUAAGUUAAAUCCACUUGAUUCUAUUAGCUCUUUGGACUUUUCCUAUAUAAUCUUCUUCAUGGCUCGGGAAUCUUCUUCAUGGCUUCCCAAAGAUUUUAUGUACCGUUCUUUCUUAAAUUCAGAUAUUAUCCAGAUGUAUUUUUCUUGGCAGACAGAUGUAUUAAUUAAGCAGAUUUUCAGUGUUAGUUCCAGCAAUGCUAUUUUAAUUGGUCUUCAAACAGUAAUUAUAAGACCUUGUCAUAAAAAAUAACUGAGUUCUUAGCACAGGGCUGUCUCAAUCCCUAAAAAUCUUCAUAUUUAAGAACAUUUUGUUUUAAUAACCAAAAUGAGUUCCAGAAGCAUAAUAUUUGGCCAACCUGUUAACAUACAUAAAGCACAUAAAGUCCUCUGCUUACUUGUUUUAUAAAUGACACUGGCAUGCACCGCCCCCCCCCAAACGGCCCGUGACUCAAAUAGAUGUAAUUCUGUUACAGUAUUCACCAGGUAACCUAUUCUAGUGUUAGUUACUGAAGGGAAUAGAGUAUAAUUUUACGUACCGCUGUGAUUCAUGAUCAUCCUGGAACAAGAUUAUAAAUAUCUUUUCAUUAGAUAAUUUACUAAUUUAAAUUAGAAUUCGUUAAUUAUUAUAAAAUCCCAUUCCUGAAAUCGAUAAGGAAAUGUACAACUUAAAAGGUAAUUAUUGCGUCAUACUUUAGAAGUAGAAUUCACUGUUAAUCACCAAGAUUUCCUCUUCUUUGCCCUGGGGCACAUGCAUAGUUUUAUUUAAAUGAAUUUAAAUAGUUUUGGGGUUUUUUUUUUAAAGAUUUUAUUUAUUUAUUAUUGAGAGACACACAGAGAAAGGCAGAGAGAGAAGCAGGCUCCAUGCAGGGAGCUCAAGGUGGGGCCCGAUCCCAAGUCUCCAGGAUCAAGCCCCGGGCCGAAGGUGGCAUUAAACCACUGAGCCACCGGGGCUGCCCCGAUUUUAAAUAGUUUUAUGAAUUCACACUAACCAAAAGUCACUAUUGUGUCCUGAAUAAUUACAAAUUUAUUUUCCCCAUUUCCUUGCAGUAGGAUAACUUAAAGAAUAGGGGGCUUACUGAUUUGCCUAUAUGUGUUCCAUGACCAGCAGACCUUGACCCUUCUGCAUAGUAGACCUGCAGUUUCCACUGAAUGCUUCUGGCCUCCCAACAGCCAGUCUGACCACAGAGGGCCUGGGCAUGGUAGGCCAGACAGCAGCUUUUCUGAUUUCAACCUUUCUAUUUCUUUAUGUGCUGAUUUGGUUUAAUUAUUUUCAGAGGUUAGAGCUGGAAAGAGAACUCUAGCUUCUAGCUGUGGAAUGUUUGCUUAGAGUUCUCCACUGUUUGGUAUGUCCUUUUUUGAGGCAUGUCGCUCUCAAGUACACCAAGGGACGUUUAGCUGUGUUGAAAGCUCCCAACCAAAAGGAAAUAUUUGCAAAUAUGCCUCCCUGCCUGUACCAGCAACCGUAUACUAAAAAACACUACAUAACCAUAUACUCAGGCCUUUUUGUGACUGUCAGAGUACAGUAUGAACUCCUUCCUCUUUUAGUAGCAACUGACAGACCUGGUGUUUUUCAGUAAUUAGAGUGAAGAAAAAUAUGUUAAUGUUGAAAACUUGAGACUAUGAAGUAUGUGGACAAUUUAUUGCCUUGGUUUUAAUAUACUUGGUUACAUACAUUUGAAAUAAAGUGAAAUGAGACUUCAUAAUGCUAAGAAGUAGAAAAAAGAUCAGCUGUCAGAUUUAAAUAUGCCCUGUAUAAACAGGGCAUAUUAUGAUUCUUUAUCUAGUGUGCUGUGCUCAUGAGAACUAGAUCCUCAAGUAUACAGGGCAAAACAUUAGUUGAUUAAUUAUGGUAAUGAAGGAUAAAAAUAGGCAUGUUCCUUUCUGAAAAUGUAGAAGGACUCAGCCAUGUAACAAUCUUCUAUCAUUAGAAUUCGCGGUCAUUAUUCUUAAUCCCAUCAGAAUUACAAUCAUGCUGUGGAGCAUGUACAGGAUGGCUGCCUGCUUUGUUCAGUACACAGUACAAAAUGAACACGUUUUUGCUUGUAUAGAGUUGACAUGUAUUAUUCAUGCAUGCCUGUGCUACUCAUCACCCAAAUUUACCUGUAAAACAUAUACUACCACUUCCUUUCCACACCUUAGGCUUCCCUCUCUUUAAAAACAAUAGUAGUUUCUGUAGAAGUUUCAGUGAGGAGCUAUGGUUUCACAAAUAACAGAGCAGCAUGGUUUUGUUGAAGUAAAAUUUUUUUCUAGAAUUCCUAAUAAUAUAUUAGUUUCUGGAGGAGAACAGUACCCUAUAUGAUUUAAAGAUUAAUUUCUAAUUUGCAAUACACCUAAUAUUUUACAUAGGCUAAUAUUUUUUUAAAAGUUUGCAAUUCUCACUGUUAGGGUACAUUGAGAACCAACUUAGAAAUGUUUGCAUUGCUGUCAUUACAUUUGAUUUGUGGAGAAAUCAAAAGUUUGCUGUGUACUUGAGAUCUAUAUGUUUAAUACACUCAAAUUGUAACAUUUCAUAAAUUUGUCAAAUUUUAGAGACUCAGACUCUCUCAUCUUUUGUGUGGAUAAAGUUCAGGUUUUAUUUUUGAGAAUAGAGUUGGUCUGCUGUGCUAACUUUAUAUCUGUCAUUCCAAAGGUUUGAUUAUAUAUUUUUCUCCAAAGAUAAAAGCAAUGAAAUCCCAUUGACAAUUUCAUACAUUGGUAUUUCCAUUCAUGCUCUAAUUCUAAAAAUCAACGUGGUCUGCAUUUUUCAAGUGUUUCAUGUAGGCGGAUUAAUAUUUGUUUUUACAACAUUGUAUUUCUACGUAUAAUUGAAGACAUUUUUAGUGAUCUUUUCGAGUGCAUGUGUUAAUAGAAGAUCAUUUAGAAUGAAUGUGUGCACUGGCCUUCAUUAACUACUCAAAAGAAGUGUAAUACAUGUGAUUAUAAAAGCAAGAAUGUAUUUAUACUGUAUGCUAAUGCCUAAUGCCUCUUUUCUAAAACUUUGCACAUUUUUUCAUGAAAUAGAUUAAAUAUUUUCUCUCUAAAGCCA